CGGUCGGUAGAUGAGGUUAGUUUGAUUCAGAACAAGGUAACGUUGUGUCAGUUUUCACGUAAGUCGUGUGAAAUCGAUGGAAAUGUAGUGGUUUCGGUUCAGUUAUUGUGUUUGUUUCGUAGUUAUCGUCUAGUGUUCUAGUAGGUGUUUGAUUUGAAUGUAUCAAAUUGAGUUUUUAGCAGUCAGGGCGUGUGACAAAAGUUUAAAUUGAUUAGCGUUGUGUUGAAGAGUAGAAAGUCAACGAAGGCACAGUGCCCCCUCCAGCAGGCGGCAGUAGUUGCAGAAUACUCCGCUAGUAGCGCUGUUGUACGCUUGCCGCGCGCGCUAACUUUGCACUCAACGGAAACUUCUGAGUUGGAGCGAAGUGUUGGUGUCGGACUGACGGAUGGUACCCCGUGAGGAGACGUUUGUUUCAUCAUUUCGUUGUAGAUCGAUUCGAAUUAAUUUUCUGCAAAGUUGAAAAACUUUCUAGUUGCUUUCGUGAUGCAAUCUCGUUCUUAGCAGUUGAGUGAAACUUUUCGUGGUACUUGUGAAUAUUAUUGCGACUUGUGCAAAGUUUUUGUGGAUUGAAUAUUGCCGUUUUUUCCACCAGGAGUUGAGGAAAACUUGAAAGAGCUUUUCCGGAACAGUCAUGGGGAACUUCAGCAGAGGUCGUCUGUCUGAUGGAGGGAGCCGUUUAAUCUUCUUCAUUUUAUUAUCAGGACUGUGCUUCAUAUCGUUGACAAAUGCCGUCGAACUUGUCAUCAAGCCAUCGGAAAAUGUUCAGAAGAAAGCGGUCGGGAAAACGUUACUCCUAACCUGCAACUUGGAAGGUGGCGAAUACCAUCUCUUGACAGAAUUCGAAUGGAGGGACCCUUUCAACCAAGUUAUCAACAGUCAAAUGAGCAGAAUGAUAAUGCCGAUGACAACAGAAAGAUGGGCAGACAACAAGCUGGCUCUCAUCAUCCCACAAAUGAAAGAGGAAGGCUCAGGAAACUACACUUGUUCAGGAGUUUAUGCAAAAUCGCAGAAAUUGACCAAAUCUGUCAAGUUGGAAACGUUUGUGAGCAUCACGUGGGAAGACGCGCCGACCGAGCAGAACGCGAUUGUGAACAAGGACUUCAAGAUCAAGUGCCGCGUGACUGCCAACCCGUCGCCCGUCGUCAACUGGAUGAAGAACGACGAGCCGAUCACCACCAACGAGCACUACGUCAUCGAAGCCGACGGCAUGCUCAUCAGGCAGGUGACCGAGGCAGAUGACGGCUACUACAAGUGUCGUGCCUCGGUCGUCGACACUGGCGAAAUUGAGUUCAGGAGCAUCAAGGUUGAGGUACUCACGUUGCCGACAUUCGAAAGCACCGAAUUGAUAAGGAAGGAAGUGAUCGAAGGAGAAACAGUGAACAUCGAUUGUCAUGCAUCUGGAAAACCGGAACCAACCUACACUUGGAUCAAAUCCAACACCAAACAGGACCUCUCCAACGUUGGUGACAGAUUCUCUGUCAAUCAACUCAAAGGCGCACUGACAAUCACCAAUCUGAGAAAAGAGGACAGUGGCGAAUACAUUUGUGAAGCUCGCAAUGCAGCUGGUUUCAUCACCAGGCCGGUCAAUCUGCUCGUGAUCGUCAAGCCCGUCGUCUACGAGAUCAGAAACAUCUCCAUACCAACUGGCAAAGAAGCAAAGCUGGAAUGUCGUGCUUCUGGUUAUCCGCUACCCUCUGUCACGUUCAGGAAAUUCGGCCUGGACAAGCCGUUUGUAGCCGGCGCCCAGCAAUGGGACGACCGGAUCGUGGUCGAACAGCGCUACGACGAGGCGAAACGCGAGACGACCGGAACACUGAUCAUCUCGCCGCUGAACACGACGGACGACGAUCUGUACGAGUGCAUAGCCGAGAACAAGGGAGGCGCGGCCCGUCGCAACGGUCAUCUGAACGUCGAGUACGCACCCUCGUUCGCGCACACACCCAUGAAGGAGGCCUGGUCCUGGUCGAAGCGACCCAUCAACCUCACCUGCCUCGCAGAGGCCAUCCCCAACGCCACCAUCCGCUGGAAGCUCAAUGAACAGGAGCUCGAGAACUGGCCGCACUUCCACAAAUACGGAAAUGGACCGCAGAGUAGUUUGCUGGUUACACCGACAGAUGCCAAAUACUAUGGUCUAUACAAGUGUGUGGCAACGAACACGCAUGGAACGGCCUAUCACACGAUCAGACUGCAGGAGGCAAGGGUGCCAGGCAACAUUCUUCAAGCCAAACUGGACGUUGCUACAGCUACGACACUCUCCAUCUUCCUGAUUGGUCCAAGUGAUGUGGGUGGUCUUCCUAUCAAAGCAAUCGUUGUGCAAUUCAAGGAACAGAGAAAGCCAUGGUCGGAAGCUUUCAACAAAACUUGGUCAUAUGAGUCAUCGAGAACCCAGAACGCCAAAUACAUUCUUGAGGGUCUAUCGCCACAAACGCCCUACGACUUCCGGUUCGCAGCAGUGAACGAAGUGGGAAUCGGCAACUGGGGCGCUGACUUCAAAUACACCAUGCCCAAGCGAUCCUCGCCCGAGGAGCCCAAAUUCCUGCACACUUACAACAUCGACAACGAAGGUAUCAUCCAGUCGCCUUUCGGCGAUCGCAUCGAACUCAGAUGGAAAAUUCCUGCCGACAAUGGAGAAGUUAUCGAUCAUUUCGAGGUCAAAUACUGCGCUGUACAAAGAAACGAAGAAGACCAAUGGGAGGCACUGAGCGAAAAUGAAUGCAGAACCGUGGAGCACCGAACCAACGAGGUCUCCUGGCUGGAACUGGUCAACCUCACACCUGACACUUACUACAAAAUCGAACUGAGAGCCCACAACCAGAUUGGAUUCAGCACACCCAACGAAGACAUUGUCAGAACAGCCAGAGGCACUGGUACCUUUAUCGGUGCAGAUACCUCUCAGCUGAGCAGCGCACUGCUGUUUGCGAUUCUGAUCGGCAUCCUGCUGCUGAUCUUCAUCAUCGUUGACGUCUCCUGUUAUUUCGUGCAUCAUGCUGGGCUCCUUCAUCUCUUGUGUGGCAAGAGUUCAAGAAAACAACCGAGAGAAGAUGAUCCUAAGAUGACAAGCCUGUAUAGCUGGCGUUUUCCUCUACCCUACUGCAGCCAGAAAGAGACCUCGCCGUCGGAUAGUAACAGCAACGGAAAUAAUUCCCUCACUGAUAUCGAACUCAAACGUCCUCUGCCUGAUAUGAACUUUGUUUUUGAAGGCAAGGAGCUGCUGAACAGUGGACACCGUGAUGCGAAAAUUCAUAUCGAAUCAUCAACACCCAUGAUCGAUAAUGGGAAAAAGGAUACAACUGUCCAAUACGAUAUCAAGAAAUCUGUUGCGAAGACUGGAUUUGCCAAAGAUUCUGCCGUUUGAGAGAGAGAUAAAACAGUUUGAACUGGAUCAAGCAUCAAUUAAAAGUCACCAUGACGGCACAUGUGGCUUUUGGGCGUCGCUUGAAAAGGCUUGAGAAGUUUGCUUGAAGAUAACUGCAUCUAUGACUUUGUUAUUAUUAAUUCUCAUUGUUUAUUCCUUAUUCUAUUACUCCCAUAUUAACUUAAUCUCAAGACUCUGAAUCUUCUAUAUUAUAUAUAUUUCAGGAAAUACAAUUAAAUUCGAAUUCAAAUACGUUUCAUAAAUAUAUGUCCCUUUUACGCUCGAUCAACUUGAUUUAUUUCAUGUUUGAAGUUACAGUUUAAAUAUGUUAGAGUUGUAAGAGAUCAUAAGUUGGCAUUAUAUAAUGUUCAUUGUAUCCAUCUCCUUUCGUAUUGAAUAUUUCUUUUCCUCGUAGAUCUUCUAAUCAGAAAUUGUGAUAUGGUUGUAUUUAAUGUUUUCAAAAUAGAACAUAAGACUGAUGUAACUGAUUUAAUGAAACGUAGUUGAUUUCCAGGUACAGAGGAGAUAUUUAGUGGAAUUUAUCUAGCGCAUUUCUUGAUUCACAUUCUAGUUUUUACUUACAUGAGUGUCAAUAGAUACUUAAAAAGUAUCAAUCAUGAACAUUGAAGAUUCCAAUGUUUUCAUCUUCAAUCAUUUAUCUUGAUUAUAGUACAAAUUUGAUUAACUUUGAAAUUAUAUAAUUAUUAUUAUUUUCAAUGUCAUUCAUUUGAUGAACGUGUUAUUUGAGACAAAACAUUAUAUAAUGCUUACCUACUUGGUCAUUAUUCACAAUAAUUUUAAUGAUUUCUGGAAUUGAUUGUUUCCUUGCAUGGAAACUUAUCAGUGAAAAGUGCUGGUCCCUUCAAUGACGGCUCAUCACUGAAUUCACUCGUUUCGGAAUUUUUUUAUGGACAAAGAUUUUUAAGAAUAAUUUUCGAGUGUUGUUAAAUUUUAGGAAUAUGAAUUUAUAGUUAUCUUUCUGAAAUGCCUGGAAAGUAGUGUUAUAGAGAAUGUAUGUAUGUAAAAACAUUUCGAGAGUGUAUUCUCGAAUUAUUUGGUAUUGGAGUGGCCUAAAUAAUUUGUUAUUGUACCAUUUAACAUUUUUUAUAAUUUUUGAAUCAAUGUCUUUAUGAUUUCCAUCUACUUAAUUUAGUCACAUAAUCAUUCAACAGUAUUUUUACGAUUUCAAAAUAUAUUGCUGAAAAAUAUAGUAGAAUUUCUGAAUUGCUUUUGUGUUGAAAAUAUAUUAAUUGCAUCUACUAAAAUCGUCAAAGUCUAGUUGAUUUCGAGACGAUUGAAUGGUAAAUUGGUACAACAUUAUUGAUGGAUUGUAAAAAGUUGUUUGCUGAAGUUUUAUUGUACGCAUUAUGUGUGUAAUUAUCAAAAUAAUUAUAUUUGUUGCAUUUAGAAAUAUUGUAUAAUGUAGCUUCUUUUUAUAUUCAUUAACACAUGCAAUUAUACAAUAAUUAAUUGUAUUAUUAUAUUAUCGUGAUUCAUGUAAUGCUAAAUCAUUGAUUAUAAUUAGAGUAUCAUUGUGUACUGUGGCUUAUCAUAAGAAAGGAUGAUAUCAAUAUUCAUUUUAUUGCAAUGAUCAAAGUAUAUUUAUCAAGGAAUAUUAUUGGAAAAAUCUCUUUUUAUUUGAAGAAUAAAGUACGGUACUGUACUUUUCAUGCAGAUGAAAACAUUCAAACUGAAGAUUUUAUGAAUUAAAAACAAAACUGACACAAGCAUUUUAAAUUAAUUUAUUAUAGCGAACCAUUUUGAUUAGUUUGAAAAUUCUUUUUAAAUAUCCAUAAAAAUUUAUUGGCAGCUAUUAUUUUUAAAAUUAUUUUUUAAAAAUCGGUGGUAGCUCAUUACAAUAGAUUUUAAUAAUGUAGGAAGAAAAUCCUAUGAAAAAUGUCUGAAAUUUUUUGAAUCUUUCAGAAUCGUCUUGAUCCUUAUUUUUAUGUUAUUAAUCUGUGAUGUUGCCAAGGGCAUCUUUUUAAUAUCUAUGUAAAGCGAUGUUUUUGCUUAUCUGUUGCAAUUAUUGUACUAUUACUCCAACUCGAUAAUGAUUGAAUGAGUGCAUUUAUAGUCAUAAUAUUGAAAAUUAGUAUUAUUUUGAUAAGCAUUUAAUUUUAAUUAGUUUGUAGUGUGUCACAAUUUUAGUUUGCUAGUUUCAGUACACAAUGGCUCAUUGCAUUGGUGAUGUGACAUUGUGAUAGGGUGUCAGCAAUCAGCAUUAGUGUUGCAUCUCUAUUGUACAAAGUAAUUUCGAAACAGGUAGUAGGCCUAAAAUGUUUCUUAUUUUCAAACAAACAUUAAUGGACCAAACAUGAGAUGUCGACUAUGUGAGCUGAAUGAGCUAAAUGAAUUAUUAGAACAGCUUAGUUACACAGAAGUCGUUGUAGUAUCAAUCAGAAUGAAUAUUUGAGUACGGUACUCUCCAAUACUCAAAUAGAGCUACACUCACUCUGCUCUCUUCGCAAAUAACAUCAUUCAAUUAGUGAUUGAGUGUGUUUCUCAAAGUGACUCAACCUUGUAGUUAGUUCAAAACGAUUGCGAAAAAACUUGGUAGGAUGGAGAUUCAGAAGAAUGUUACUUUGAAGUCAUCAGUUGAAUGUGUAAAAAUGUGUAUAAUUCGUAAAAUAUAAGUACUUAAUAUGUUUUUAGCUUUUAGAUGCACUUUAUUUUAAUAUUUUUUGCAAUGUGAAGUUUUUCUAUCAAAUCAAUGAAAUUAUAAAUUUUACAAACUCGUUCGAUGUAGAAAUUGUAUCUCAUUCCUCCAAAUCUAGCACUUGACCUAUGAACAGAACAUUGGAAACAAAAUUUUUGAAAUCAUUAUGACAAUAUCACAAUAUUCAAUUUGACAAUAAGAGAAGAAUUUAACCCAGGUUGAAGGGUACAACAAUAUUGCAUUUUUUCAAAAAGUAGAUACCUAUUCUGAAGUUUAAUGUAACAGAGAUGCUAUCCACAGUUUAGCAUGAUAAUCGAGAUUAUGCUUUCUAAUUUUUUGUGGACAUUUCUAGUAGUAUCAUUCUUGUAUCAUUAUCAGUUUUAUUAUGAGAUAUUUUUCUAUCUACAUUAUAAGCUAAUGGUCGAUGGAAAAUGUGUUUGCCGAUGGAUUAGAAGAAAUUCAAUGCAGUAUUAGGUUGAAUUGGAGAAUUUUUAUAGAAAUAACGAAAUUUUGUAUAUUUUUCAACGUGUGGAAACAAAUCAACCUAUGUAUGUUAUAAACGCGCUUCCGUUUUCUGUGUAAAAUAUAUUUGUCUCUUUUGUAAUAAAAUUGAAUGAUUAAAUUUAU